CCAAAGCUGGUCCAUUCCUGCUCCAUUACCUUUCCUAUAAAUGCCUCUCUUAGGCCUUGUUUUCAUCUCUCUCUCUCUCUGUCUGUUAUCAUGUCUUCCUCAGAGGAAAUUUCAGGUAGCACUAUUGCAGAUAAGUACCGAUCUCACAUGCAUGGGGAAGCAGAAAAGAAAACAAAAUGGAGACAUGGUAGCCCUCCUACCUAUGAUCUGGUUAACCAAGUCUUCGAACAAGGCCGAACCAAGGAAUGGCCUAAAGGAUCACUAGAGGAAACUGUACAAAAUGCUAUUAAGACAUGGGAGAUGGAGCUCUCUCAUAAGACACAACUGCAAGACUUCAAAACCAUAAAUCCAGAGAAGUUCAAGUUGUUCGUCAACGGGAGAGAAGGAAUAUCGGGGGAAGAAACUCUAAGACUUGGGAGCUACAACGCACUGUUGAAGACUUCUCUUCCAGAGGAACUCCAAUAUUACAAGGCGGAUGUGGAGAGCUUUGAGUCGUCUCACGACGUCUUCCGGACGGCUUUUCCUCGUGGGUUUGCGUGGGAGGUGCUGAACGUCUACUCCGGACCGCCUGUGAUAGCUUUCAAGUUCAGACACUGGGGAUUCAUGGAAGGCCCUUUCAGAGGAUAUGCUCCAACUGGAAACAAGGUUGAGUUUUAUGGGAUGGGAGUUCUCAAGGUUGAUGAGACUCUCAGAGCUGAAGAGGUUGAGAUCUAUUUCGACCCGGGAGAGCUGUUUGGAGGUCUGAUGAAAGGACCAGUGGCCUCGGGUUCACAAGAACCACAACACAACCACCCUCCCUUGAAUUCCUCCUCCUCUCAAGGCUGCCCUUUCUCAAAGGGUAUACGUAAUUGAUCAUUCACGUACGUAAACGUUUCUCUAAUGGCAUGUAUGUUGUCAUAUAUCAUACCUUAAUUAAUAAUAGCUUUAUCAGAUAUAUAUAUAUAUAUAUAUAUAUGGACUCCCUCAUUUGGUGGUUUAUGUUUCCUCUAUUCA